CGCCCGCAGCCCCCUCCCGCCCGGCCAGCCCCGAAGAGUUCGCCCGGUGGCCGCGGCAGACGGAAGGCGAGGGAGAGCCUCGGCGGCAGCAGGAUGGGGGACUCCAAAGUGAAAGUGGCCGUGCGGAUCCGGCCCAUGAACCGGAGAGAAAUUGACUUGCAUACCAAAUGUGUGGUGGAUGUAGAUGCAAACAAGGUUAUACUUAGUCCUGUAAAUACUAAUCUUUCCAAAGGAGAUGCCCGAAGCCAGCCAAAGGUGUUUGCAUAUGAUCACUGUUUCUGGUCUAUGGAUGAAUCAGUCAGAGAAAAGUAUGCAGGUCAAGAUGAUGUUUUCAAGUGCCUUGGGGAGAAUAUCCUUCAGAAUGCUUUUGAUGGUUACAAUGCAUGUAUCUUUGCCUAUGGACAGACUGGAUCUGGAAAAUCUUACACCAUGAUGGGCACAGCUGACCAACCUGGAUUAAUUCCAAGACUUUGUAGUGGACUCUUUGAACGAACUCAGAAAGAGGAAAAUGAAGAGCAGAGUUUUAAAGUAGAAGUGUCCUAUAUGGAAAUUUAUAAUGAAAAAGUUAGAGACCUUCUUGAUCCCAAAGGAAGUCGUCAAACGUUAAAAGUCAGAGAGCACAAUGUUUUGGGACCCUAUGUCGACGGACUUUCCAAACUGGCUGUCACAAGCUACAAGGAUAUUGAGUCUUUGAUGUCUGAAGGUAACAAGUCUCGCACAGUUGCUGCCACCAACAUGAAUGAGGAGAGUAGUCGAUCUCAUGCAGUCUUCAAAAUCACCCUUACACAUACUUUAUAUGAUGUGAAGUCUGGGACAUCUGGAGAGAAAGUGGGCAAACUGAGCUUGGUUGAUUUAGCUGGCAGUGAGCGAGCAACGAAAACCGGAGCUGCAGGGGACAGGUUGAAGGAGGGGAGCAACAUCAACAAGUCCCUCACAACCCUCGGUCUGGUUAUCUCAGCCCUAGCAGAUCAGAGUGCUGGCAAAAACAAGAAUAAAUUUGUUCCAUAUCGUGACUCAGUUCUCACUUGGCUGCUCAAAGAUAGUCUUGGGGGUAACAGCAAGACAGCCAUGGUGGCCACCGUCAGUCCAGCAGCCGAUAACUAUGAUGAAACCCUUUCAACUCUGCGGUAUGCAGAUCGUGCCAAGAACAUCGUGAACCAUGCUGUGGUGAAUGAGGAUCCUAAUGCACGAAUUAUCCGGGAUCUCCGGGAGGAAGUAGAAAAGCUCCGAGAGCAGCUAACCAAAGCGGAGGCAAUGAAAUCUCCAGAACUGAAAGAUCGGCUAGAAGAAUCAGAGAAGCUAAUCCAGGAAAUGACUGUGACCUGGGAGGAGAAACUAAGGAAAACCGAGGAGAUUGCACAGGAGCGACAGAAACAGCUUGAGAGUCUUGGAAUAUCUCUUCAGUCUUCUGGGAUUAAAGUUGGGGAUGAUAAAUGCUUCCUUGUUAAUCUGAAUGCUGAUCCUGCUCUGAAUGAACUUCUGGUUUACUAUUUAAAGGAACAUACAUUGAUAGGUUCAGCAAAUUCCCAAGAUAUCCAGCUCUGUGGAAUGGGAAUUUUUCCUGAACAUUGUAUUAUAGACAUCACAGCAGAAGGCCAGGUGAUGCUGACUCCUCAGAAGAACACCAGAACAUUUGUAAAUGGCUCUUCCGUAUCUAGUCCUAUACAACUCCACCACGGGGACAGGAUAUUAUGGGGAAACAACCACUUCUUCAGACUGAAUUUGCCUAAAAAGAAAAAGAAAGCAGAUCGAGAGGAUGAGGAACAUGACACCUCCACGAAGAAUGAUACCAGUUCUGACCAGCUCGAUGUAGACGGAGACUCCUCCAGUGAGGUGUCCAGUGAAAUCAACUUCAAUUAUGAAUAUGCGCAAAUGGAGGUUACCAUGAAGGCUCUGGGUAGUAAUGAUCCAAUGCAGUCGAUAUUGAACAGCCUAGAACAACAGCAUGAAGAAGAAAAACGAUCUGCAUUGGAGCGCCAGAGGCUUAUGUAUGAACAUGAAUUGGAGCAGCUACGAAGAAGGCUGUCUCCUGAGAAACAAAACUGUCGUAGUGGGGACAGGUUUUCUUUCCACUCACCCAGUGCUCAACAGCGAUUGAGACAGUGGGCCGAAGAGAGAGAAGCAACGCUGAAUAAUAGCCUGAUGAGGCUGAGGGAACAAAUUGUGAAAGCCAAUCUGUUGGUGAGAGAAGCUAGUUACAUUGCAGAGGAACUGGAUAAAAGAACAGAGUAUAAAGUAACCCUGCAGAUUCCAACCUCCAGCCUCGAUGCCAACAGGAAGCGAGGCUCUCUUCUUAGUGAACCUGCAAUCCAGGUGAGAAGAAAAGGAAAAGGAAAACAGAUUUGGUCUCUAGAAAAACUGGACAACAGGCUGCUGGAUAUGAGAGACCUUUAUCAGGAGUGGAAAGAGUGUGAAGAAGAUACCCCGCUCAUACGGUCUUACUUCAAGCGUGCUGAUCCAUUCUAUGAUGAGCAGGAAAAUCACAGUCUCAUUGGGGUGGCGAAUGUUUUCCUCGAGUCCCUCUUCUAUGAUGUGAAGUUACAGUAUGCUGUUCCAAUUGUCAACCAGAAAGGAGAGGUGGCAGGUCGGCUGCAUGUCGAGGUGAUGCGAAUAAGUGGUGACAUUGGGGAAAGAAUUGCUGGAGGUGAUGACACCACAGAUCUCUCCUGUGAUAAGGAAACCCAGGAAAACAGACUUGUGUGCAUGGUUAAAAUACUCCAAGCCACUGGGUUGCCACAGCAUCUGUCCCACUUUGUGUUCUGCAAAUACAACUUCUGGGAUCAGCAGGAGCCAGUAAUUGUCGCACCCGAAGUUGAUACCUCCUCCUCCUCUCCUGUUAGCAAGGAACCUCAGUGCAUGGUUGUCUUCGAUCAUUGCAGUGAGUUUUCUGUUAAUAUUACUGAAGACUUCAUUGAGCAUCUUUCAGAAGGGGCUUUGGCAAUUGAAGUAUAUGGCCAUAAGAUGAACGAUCCUCGGAAAAACCCAGCCCUGUGGGAUUUGGGGAUAAUCCAAGCAAAAACACGUAGUCUUCGGGACAGAUGGAGUGAAGUUACCAGAAAAGUAGAAUUCUGGGUCCAAAUCUUGGAACAGAACGAGAAUGGUGAAUACUGCCCUGUAGAAGUAAUUUCUGCAAAGGAUGUGCCAACAGGAGGAAUCUUUCAACUCCGGCAGGGACAGUCCCGGCGAGUCCAAGUGGAAGUGAAGUCUGUGCAGGAAUCUGGGACUUUACCACUGAUGGAAGAAUGUAUAUUGUCUGUUGGCAUUGGAUGUGUAAAAGUUAGAACGCUCAGAUCCCCCAAGACUCAUGAGACCUUUCAUGAGGAAGAGGAGGACAUGGACAGCUACCAGGAUCGGGAUUUAGAGAGACUACGUAGAAAAUGGCUAAAUGCAUUAACAAAACGUCAGGAGUACUUAGAUCAACAACUGCAGAAGCUUGUCAGUAAACAUGAUAAAACAGAGGAUGAUGCCGACCGUGAAGCUCAACUUCUAGAGAUGAGGCUGACUCUGACCGAGGAGCGGAAUGCAGUAAUGGUCCCCUCCGCUGGCAGUGGUAUUCCAGGGGCCCCAGCUGAAUGGACCCCAGUUCCUGGGAUGGAAACACACAUUCCUGUUAUAUUCCUUGACUUAAAUGCUGAUGAUUUCAGCUCCCAAGAUAAUCUUGAUGACCCAGAAGCUGGUGGAUGGGAUGCUACUCUCACCGGGGAAGAAGAGGAUGAGUUCUUUGAACUGCAGAUUGUAAGACAGCACGAUGGAGAGGUGAGAGCAGAAGCCUCUUGGGACUCUGCCGUGCACAGCUGUCCUCAGCUCAGUAAAGGCACCCCAGCGGAUGCGCGCGUGUAUCUGAUCGUGCGGGUGACAGUGCAGCUCAGCCAUCCGGCCGACAUGCAGCUGGUGUUACGGAAACGAAUUUGUGUCCAUGUUCAUGGCCGGCAGGGUUUUGCUCAGAGUCUCCUAAAAAAGAUGUCACAUCGAAGUUCUAUUCCUGGCUGUGGAGUGACUUUUGAAAUUGUCUCCAAUAUUCCAGAGGAUGCCCAGGGAGUAGAGGAACGAGAAACAUUAGCAAGAAUGGCGGCUAAUGUUGAAGACACGGCUUCUGCUGACUCAGAGGCUUAUAUUGAAAAAUACCUCAGAAGUGUGCUGGCUGUGGAGAACCUUCUCACUUUAGAUCGUCUCCGCCAGGAAGUUACAGUGAAGGAACAGUUGACAGGAAAGGGGAAGCUGAGUAGGAGGAGCAUUAGCUCUCCCAACGUGAACAGAUUGUCUGGCAGCCGACAAGAUCUUAUUCCAACCUACAGUCUAGGCAGCAAUAAGGGCCGGUGGGAGAGUCAACAGGAUGUAUCGCAAACUGCAGUUUCCAGAGGAAUAGCUCCAGUUGCCCCAUCCCUCCCUGACUGUCCCCCAAAUAACCAUUCUCCUGACCCAGGACUUAGUAGCCUCGCGGCCUCCUACUUGAAUCCAGUAAAAUCCUUUGUGCCACAAAUGCCAAAGCUCUUGAAGUCUCUUUUCCCUGUCCGUGAUGAGAAAAGGGGCAAACAGCCUUCUCCCCUCGCACAUCAGUUUGGAGGCUUAAAGUCCUUCUCUGAAGUAGUCACAAUAUCGAAGACACCCCCACGGACUCACCUGAAUGCCACCCUUGGUGUUAUUAGACCACACUUAGAUUACUGCACUUGGUUCUGGCCCGUGCCCCGAAUCAUGGUGCAGGCUGCCCUCGCGGAUGCUGGGACGACCAGAGCGGCGGAGGCUCACCGAGAGAGCGUGGGGAUCAGUGCGGCCCCUGAUGUGACUGCGCACGCGGCCCCCGUGAAGCUCUACGACAGACCGACCAAGGCGCCUGCCCUGCAGGCGGCCGCUGCCGGCGCCCAGGCCCCCGAGGUGCAGGAGGGGCCGCCCAGCCCCCUGAGCGAGGCCUCUAGCGGCUACUUUUCCCACAGCGUGUCCUCCGCCACGCUGUCCGAUGCGUUCGUCCCUGGCCUGGACAGCGCGGCGACAGCGGGCGGGCAGACCCCCGGCUCGCCCCCGCCGGCCCUCUGCCAGGCCACCCCGGAGACCGAGUUCCCGCUUCCCCCGACCGCUGCCGCGGCAGACGGUGAGCUUCCCGCCCGCCGGCAAGGCCAGGGCAGCCUUCUGUCGCUGCCGGUCCCAGCAAAGCAGGAUGCGUGGGGCGACAGCGAUGGCGCAUGCGAGGCCAAGGAGCCGGUUUCCUCGGAGAAGGAAGACGCGAGCGCACCCCCGACUCCUCUCCCCGCUUGCGCCCCCCCGAAGGAAUCGCGCAGCCGGCAGGGCGGGGGCGAGGUGUCCCCGGCCAGCACGCGGCUCCGAAGGCCCGAGGAGCGCGCGAAGCCGGCCGCCGGCUCAGAGCUGGUCGCCUCCACACCGCAGGUGCCUCCCGACCUCCUGUCUCCGUCCCCUGCUCCUGCGUCUCCGUUCAGAAUCCAGAAGGUGCGGACCUCCGAGCUGAAGUCGUUCACGCGCAUGCUGGGCGGAGACCCCAGCUGCCCGGCGGCGGCCGAGGAGGACCUCCUGGCCUCGGGGGCGCUGGGUGUCGGCGGGGCGGGGGCACCGGCCCUGGGAAAAAUGGAAGUGUCCUCCGAUUCUGAAGAAGCCAGCGAAGUCCCAGAGUGGCUCAGAGAGGGAGAAUAUGUCACCGUGGGCACCAACAAAAUGGGCAUCGUGAGAUACAUCGGGCCCACCGACUUUCAGGAGGGGACGUGGAUCGGAGUGGAGCUGGACUUACCUUCAGGUAAGAAUGACGGCUCCAUCGGAGGGAAGCAGUACUUCAAGUGCAACCCCGGCUACGGGCUGCUGGUGAGGCCAGGCCGGGUGCGCAGAGCAGUGGGCGCAGGCCGGCGGCGCAGCGCGGGUCUCCGGCUGCAGGGCGCCCCCGAGCCCCGCAGGAGCAGCACCCUCUCCGGCUCCGCCACCAACCUGGCCUCCCUGACCGCGGCUCUGGCCAAGGUGGAGGGCGCCACAGUGCUGAGGGCCGACAGGAGCCAUAAGAACCCUGAGAACCGAAAAUCCUGGGCCAGCUAAACCAGUGCUGGAUGCUGCAGCCCCCCCUCCCCACUCCGGGUCGCAUCCUCCCGGGCUGCCUGCCUGCUUCCCUCUGCCUCCCAGGCAGAGGCUGACAGAGAGGGGGUGGCCAGUGCCCCCUUCUGAGCCUUGCCAGCGACAGCGCUGGGGUGGGGAUGGGAACUGAGUGGGCAGGGACACCUUAAACCCCCUUCCGUGGGGAACAUGGCGAGGCAUCCUUUCUGCACAACACAGGGCUGCUGACCUCUCCCUGCUCCUCCUGGGACUCUGGAAGCUUCCUCUGCGCAGAGAAUGGGGAGGCAUCUCAGCAAGGUAGAGGGUGGAAGGUUCUGGGAGCUGAGAGCAGUCCUGGAUUGUGGGAGCGAGGCUCCUGCCCAUCCCCGUGCCUGGGGUCCCCCCCCCCUGGGGGGGGGCUGCUGUUCCUUUUUUUGGUUCUGAUGACCCCAUUAACCUCUUAACCAUCUCAGUGCCUUUCUUUCCCGCAGAGGGGGGGCAUCCUCCCUGUGCCUCCAGAGCUGGCACCCCGGCCGACCUGUGCUGGUCCUGGCUUGCUCCCUAGGCUCACUGCAUCCCUCCGGCCCCCAGAGUCCCUGCACCAAGUAACGAGCUCCCGUAAGUGCCUCUGGCUAGCCUCCUGAGGUUUCUGGCACUGGGUCCAGGGCGCCCUAGCAAGGGGCACUGGGCCUGGCCCCUCCUGCCUUUCCCUCUUCCUUUCCACAGGGUUUCUUAGGGCUUUCUUUGUGGGUGUGUUAGUGUCUUUAAUACCUGCAAAGUGUUUUCUCUUUGUCAUUUAUUCCCUUAACAGAGUGCUUAGAAUAUAUUUAUUUAUAUUUAUUUUUUCAAAAUCUGAAGUCAUUCGCGAGCCACAAUCAUCUGCCCAGGCAUGAGUGCCCGGGGCUUGCCUCGCACAUCGCCAGCCUCUGAGGUCACUCGGGCUGCCAGCCUCCGGCCUCGGGUGGAGGUUCCCAGAGGGGCCAGAGGAUGAUGCCCCUCCUUAUGUCGUUAUUGACACAGAUACACAAGUGGCCUUACUCUAAGGUGACAGUGACAACUUGGAGAAUUAUGUUAUUGUGCUUCUGCAGUGACGAAGUCAGGGGCAUCACGGCCUUACCUGGUGCAAUUUUGGUUUCUUGGAAGGACCUUAGACUAGUUUAACUUGGCUAUUCUCUACCCUGACUCCCUGACCGAGCCUGGGGGACUGUGGCCUAGCAGGGCUCCCCCCUGUCCCGGUGGCUGGCCCUUUGCCAAGCCACAGACGCGGCGCGGACAGCAUGAGACCUCCAAGAGCAUUGCCCACCUCCUGUCAGGAUACCUCUGGGCCUGGAGCCCUUUCCCGCUGGGCUCACUGGGACGGGGUCUGUGGAAGCAGGCAGAGGGCUGGUGCCUUGCAGGCCGUGGUGGUGCGUGGCCCGGCGGGAGGAAGUGCUGGGUGGGCAGCAGGGCGGGCAGGGCCGAUGGGGCCCCUCCAUGGCAGCAGUAGCCCAGCGACCACCUGCCGUGCGCCUCACGAGCUGGCCGCAGGAGCCUAGGGGACACGGUGGCCCCUCCGGGACAGAGCCCUGGGUCAGGAUUUGUGCGCAGCCGUCUUGGAGGCCCGUUUUUAGCUCUCACGUUUAGACCCUAAAAACAAUGCCCAGAAAGCCCUUUUUUGCAAAAUCUCAUUCUCUAGGGAUUUGAAGCCCCUCCUGAGAAGUAACACCAGGUUCCCUGCCCCUGGGUGGGGCUGGGUGGGGCUGGGUGGGGCCCGCGGGCAGCUGGGAAAGCAGAGCCCCGUGGGCACCCCCAGGUGUGCGGCUGCUGUACGCCGCGCCCCCCCCGGGGAGGAGCCCGAGAUUAAUUAGCUUCCAUUAAUUACACGUGGCGGUGCCCGCCAGCCGCUCGGGCCCAGCUCCCUAACAGCCCGCUGUGCGCCAGCGCGGUUUAACCGGCCUGGGAGGGGGUGGGCCACACUCGGCGGACAACGCGGGCCUCCCGAGGACAGAGGACAGGGCCCGGAGCGGACGAGCACACCCCUGGCGUAGCCUUAGCCCCGCAGAUGUUCAUAGUUUCAGGGCUGGACGGGAUCUUCCCACAGGCAACAGGCUGAAGCCAAGGAGAGGUCGGUGCUGCUUUCCCGCUUGUAGAAGUUCGGGCGUCCGACUGCGCGCCAGGCGCUCUCUGCUGUCCCCGGAAGCACCGGGCACCCUCUGCUCAGCGCCGAAGCUGCGCUCCCACCCCCGGGGGCCCCUGCGUCCCGUCCUCGGCCGCACAGCUCCGUUGGCCCCGGGAGGGCGGUGUCUCUGUUCCUCCGGCCGUGGCGGCCGCGGGGGCACCGCGGGGGCUCCUGCCCGGCGCCCCACGUGUGAGGGGACCCGGCCCAGGGGCGGGGCAGCCGCAGCCGCGUGGCGCCCGUCUUCGUGCUGUGCGUUCUGCGCCCUGCUCUUCCGCGGAAGGUCCUUCCCGGCCCAGAAGCCCUCUAACAACCCGCGUCCCGUUAGGGGUCGUCCGUGGGGCCCGUGGACGCGGGUCCGGCGCCACCCCUUUCUCUGGGGCGAGCCGCUCCUGCCCCCACAGCCUCCGGUGACCGGCCUGCGGGCCCACGCCGGGCACCGCGCGCACUGGGGAGAACCACGGGAAGGUGGAAGGCCGGCUGGCUCUGUCGCUCGGGCUGGGAAAGACGGAGUAGACCGCAGUGGGAUUGAGGACCCGAGCAGGGGGGCCGGGGAAGAGCCCUGACCGAGUUCAGACCGGCCCGGCGUGGCAAGAGGUUUCGGGACCACCUUCUCUUCCUCCCAGGCUCGCCGCCUCCCCGGCCCGGGCCUGCUUUUUAAACACGGCCACGUCCCCCGCCCGAGAUUCCGCACCACCGUCCUGGUCCCCGCAUCUCCCCCGGGCACAGCAGCCUGUGCUUGGAGCCCGGCCUUCUCUGGGCCUGGAGCACCUGAGCGGAGCGCCGGGCGGGACAGCUCUGUUGCCCCCCGGGUGGGCAGGUCGUCGUUCUUCGUGGGAGGAAGGUGCUGGGGGGCUGCUUGCCGGGGUUUCCUGCCAGUGGAGCGUGCUUUGGGCCCCGCCCCGUAGCGUGCGAGAGAGGACAGGGCCGCCCCGUCGGUGUUCGGGGCGGGGGCGGGGGGGCGGCUAUCACUGCGGCUGGCCGGUCACCAGUGCCCGGAGAGGCGGGUGUGGCUCUCCUGCCCCAGCUGCGGCCCCGCGGGCACCCUGGCAGCCACGAGGGCUGUGCCGGGUCCUCGCAGGGACAGGGUUUGCCGUCCUGAGCCUCCCGUCUUCGUGCUCCGCCACCUGCACGUCCCUUCCGGGCCCGUGUGUCGCCGGAUCACUCGGGGUGCAGGCGUCACUCCGUUGUAGUCCGCUGUCUUCCCGGGCAGCACCCCUCCUUGGUGGGGCGGGGUGAGCAGUGCCAGUCGGAAGGAGGCCCGCCCUGCACUGGUCUCCGGCCUUCCCCCUGGCUUCUCGGUGCAGACUCCUGGUAACUCGUUGCUGGGAAAGCAGUGGCACGAAGUAGACGUGGUCACUAAAGCCGUAGCCCAGGCAGUCCCCGCAACCCAGCAUUUAUUGGGCCAGACGUGGCGUCUUGCGGGUCGUGUGACCGUGGGAGACGGAGGGAAGCGCCCCAUCUCCCCUGCCUUCUGUUCUCACCUUACUGAUAGGCCUGAUGGUAAAUGGCGGGUCAGCGCUAGGAUGCGGGAUGUGGUGCCGGCAGCUCCCGGCUCUGGCAUCCGGGGUGACAGCAAGAGGGCUGCCUGCACGCACGUGCCGCACGAGGACGUGGCAGAGGCCAGGCGGGGGCCGCAGGGGGGGCAGCUGUCCGGAAUCCCAGCCUGGCCGGAGGCGCGGGAGCAGGAGAAGGCCCGGCCCGCGCGUGGGGCCGGGCUCAGCCGUGAAGGGCCUCGUGUGUUUGCGGAGAGCUUGGCGCUUCCGUUGAGCUGUGAAUGGGACCCUUGAAGAGUUUGAACGGCUUUAGGCGUUUCCAUCCCCCAUUACUUCCCUUUUCUCCCCUUGGCUUACUGUUCCCUGUAUGUGAGACCCCCAAGAAGUUCCAGGGUAUUUAUUUUCCUGGCGAAGACCAGCCCCACUUGCCUGAGGUCUGCCUGGAGGCCUGCGUCUUGGACGGGGAGUGCCCGAGGAGGCGGCCACCAGUUUGUCGUGCCUUACCCUGGGGACGGCGAGUGCAGCCUGUCUUUUAUGCCCAAGACGCUGGCUCGAUGAUCUCCGCACGCCUCUCUCUCUCCGAGAAGUCCGACGUGCCUUCAACUGGGCCGCUGACACUAAUUUUGUGGGGGGUCUUGGAACAUCUCCAUGUGCAGAGUUGUGUGAAUACGAUGGGUUCACGUAUAAAGAAGUGAUUUUGAUUGAGGGACUAUAUUGAUUUGCUGCACAUGAAAUGGGAGUUUAAAAAAAAUCCAAAGACUCUGUAAUGAAUUGUAAAGACUGAAUGAUUUGUAUUAUAUAAUGAACUAAACCUCUGUAAUUUUGUACCAUAUAUGCCUUUCCGUCGUAUGACCAGCAGCCUCUAAAUAAACCCAGAUGAUUUCUUGCCUA